UUAUACCUUCCCUCCCUAAUUUAACCGAAAAAACAAAACCCUCAUCUAUCUUUUUCCCUCUUUCUCGACAGACACUUGUGAAUCCAAUUCUUCAAUCCUUCUCUAGAUUUCACCACAUAAUUUGUCUCCGUUUCGUUAAAUUUAAUCUGGGUUUCUCUUUUUAUACCUAAUUUUAUUUUUAUUUCGAAAUUUUGAUUUUGAUCUAAAAUCGAAGUCAAAUUUUGAAGAAGAAGAAGAAAGAAUGUUAAGUGUUGGUGGUGGGAAUCAAGAUGGGGUUAAGAAGACACCUAAUAAUUCACCUAAUAAAGGAGUAGUAGGAGCAGGAACAGGAGGAGGGGUUACGAGAUCUUGGGGUACUACAGUUUCAGGAGGUCAAUCGAUUUCAAAUAGCAAUGGAAGUGGUGGCUCUCCUCCUUCUAGUAAAAGUGAACCACCAGUUAUGGCGGUUCCUUCAACUGAUAAAAAUCAUUCUAACACUUUUUCUAGAUUACAUCAUCUUGAUAUUAAUAAUAAUGGAGGUGAGGAUGCUGGAUCUCCGGAUACCACUGUUGGAAAGAAGAAGAAGAGAGGUCAAAGGGCAGCAGGAGGUGAUAAGAACGGUCGGGGACUUCGCCAGUUUAGUAUGAAAGUUUGUGAGAAAGUUGAAAGCAAGGGAAGAACAACUUACAAUGAGGUCGCAGAUGAACUUGUUGCUGAAUUUUCAGAUCCUACCAAUAGUCUUGGGUCUCCGGACCAGCAACAAUAUGAUGAGAAGAAUAUACGGAGGAGGGUUUAUGAUGCAUUGAAUGUUCUUAUGGCAAUGGAUAUUAUAUCCAAGGACAAAAAGGAAAUACAGUGGAAGGGUCUGCCUCGCACUACCGUGCAUGAUGUAGAAGAGCUUAAGGCUGAACGUGCUGGGCUUAGAAGCAGGAUAGAAAAGAAAGCUGCAUAUUUGCAAGAACUAGAGGAGCAAUUCGUAGGUCUUCAGAAUCUGAUACAGAGAAAUGAGCAGUUAUGUGCUUCUGGAAACGGCAUUACAGGCGGUGUGUCUUUACCUUUUAUUCUGGUUCAGACGCGCCCACAUGCAACUGUCGAGGUGGAAAUAUCAGAAGAUAUGCAGCUGGUGCAUUUUGACUUCAACAGCACCCCUUUUGAGCUGCAUGAUGACAAUUACGUUCUCAAGUCAAUGAACUUAUGUGGAAGACCAGAGAGUGAUGAUGCAAAUUGUGAUGUCGUUGAAACUGGAGGUGGCGAGGGUUUUAUGAUGGUUGAUGUGGACCAACCUGCCACUCCACAUAUCUUGAUACCAAAUGCCGUGGGUACUAGUAGUAGUACUAGAGGACCAUCUUCACCCCCUCUUCCUGGAAUUCUUAAAGCGCGUGUUAAGCACGAGCACUAAUCCAAAUGCAACAGGUUAUUUAUUUCGAUAGGCCAAAAUUUCUUCUCUUGUAUAAUGUGUAAAGUAGUUGGCCAAAGGAGGAGGAAUGCAGCUUCAACCCACUGUUCUCAUCUCAUUAGCUCGGGGACCCUCUUUGGAAGAAAUUUAGCCCUUGCUUUCACAAGGGGGACUUAGGACGGGGAUAGUGUUUUCUAGUGACAUGUCUGACCCAGUCAUCCGAUGCAGAUGCAGUUAACCUGAUCAUCCAAUACAGACACAGUUGUGCAUUAUAUUAUUCAUAGGGGAAAGAGUAGCUACGGAGGUCAUCAAUCAUAAUAAUAAUAUCCUGCUACGGGUGGAUCCUCAAAUCUUCAAGUCCUUGUUGCAGCAACCAUUCUUGUUGUUCUGUUUGUAGACGUUGCAUCUGUCGUUCUAGUUGUACAUGUUGCCUGCAUGAUCUCUCCAGAUGUUCAUACACCUGACAGUGUGUCAUACAAGUGAUGCAAGUGAGUGGUUUUCUGGAGUUGGUGGUAGACCAAGACGAACUAUUGGAAAUUUUCGUUAAAAAGUUGUAUCCGGUUCUUUAUUUUCUGCAGUCGUUCUUGUAGCUGGGGUAAGUCUUGUCCAGAAAAAACUCCAGGAGUUGCUCCAAUCUGUAUAAGAAAUAAGAAUACACAAAAAUACUUGCAGAGUUGGAUAGAACCCAAAAAGGGAGCAUAACAUGCUCCCAAGUCCAAAAAACUGAAGACGCGGCGUCACCUGGAUUAAAUAUUGAUAUGAUACUCAAUAUCGAUGGGAAAAUCUGGAUUCAGAUGAACAUCAGAAAAGAAGUUCUGGAGUUUGUCGUGGAAAUUCUUUUAAAGCACGGUUUAAAAUUGGCUACGAAAGUUAUGAACCACUGACCCCUAAAUUUAACAGUCAAUAACAAAGUAUAACGUCCAAAAAUCUCAUGGUUUAAUCGCCACCCUAGUGUUUAUGUUUUUCAUGUGUGAUGUAUUUGAAGUUGAUGUAUGCAAUUUUGUUAUAUCAAAUUAAUUAAUUGAGAGGUUUACCUCUUCCUUCA